AUGUCGUCGAAGAGUGUUGACGUUUUCAACGUGUCGCAGAAUCGCCUGCGCGCCGCCACGUUCCAAGAUGAGGAGGAGCGGCAAAACGCCGAGUAUGCUGAGCGGCACAACCUGCAGGCCCUCUUCAGCGAGUUCGCGUCACAGCUGCGCGAGAAGGACCCCAAGACGGAGCAUGAGGCGGAGCGUGUUCUCCUCGAUCUCCUCUCGCACCGGAAGGCAGAGCGGGACCGCGCCGCGCUGCGUCUGCACUUUGUCACCUCUUUUGAAGUCAAUCUCGACAAUGGUCGCAAGAUUUUGAAGCUGACGUCUGGUUCGGAGACGAGCACGCUGCAGAUUGUGCAGAAGACGCGCUCCGUCGCCGUUGAUGAAACCUUCACAGUGUCGCUGGAGGAGGCCGAAGAGCUGACAGAGAUGUUCUACGAGCUGGGCCGCUUCGUGGUGGAGUCCGGCAAGGGUGAGCUGAACGGGUUCAUUAGCAUCGAUGACCGCGAUGUGUUUCUGCUCGCCGGCGGCAAGGACUGCUCCGACAUUGGUGACGAACUCUUCAACAUGGCGUUUCUCAUGAAGGCGUCGAGCAAAAAUCGAGGGACGGAGUAG